AUGGCAACUAGUGAUAGUGAAAUAUGUGAAGGUCUAUUAAACAUGGAUUUACGGGAUCGAUUGGAUCUUCAUGUUGGAUCAUAUGUGAAAUCUUCAUUCAAUUUACGUUAUAUUAGUUCAAAAACGUCUCCUAUUGGACGAGCAUUACGUCAAGCUAUUGUUGAUUUAGUCGAUAAUGUGGCAAAUAAAAUUAAUGGAUAUACAGAAAAUGAUGCAAUAGUUCUUGGCACAGAAAAUCGUUUAUAUCAUUCACGUCAAUAUACAUUAAAUAUCAAAGAAAAUAAUAUGAAAUUUUCUGAAUUACAAGAUAAUGAUGAUGAGAAAAUAAAUAUUGAAGUAAGUUCAUUAGCUCCAACUAUUUUUUAUCAAUUACGUCAAGAUAUUGGUAUAUCAAAUGAAAAUUUUCGUCAAUCAUUUUCUGAAAAUAAUUUAAAAGAUUUUACAAAUCCAGGUGGAAGUGGUUCAUUAAUGUAUAAAACAUUUGAUGAUUUAUUUAUUUUAAAAACUAUACGUGAACAUGAAGCACGUUUAUUAAUUCAAAUUUUAACUGGUUAUCAUUUGCAAUUAAGACAACGUUCAACAAUAUUUAAUCGUUAUGUUGGGUUAUAUUCAAUGGAUAUACAAACAUCACUAUCCAAUAUUACUAUUUAUGUUGCUAUUAUGACUAAUGUAUUCACACCAUCAUUAAAAAUUAAUGAAGUAUUUGAUUUAAAAGGUUCAACAAUAAAACGAAAAAGAACUGGUUAUUUAUCUACAGAGAAAUUCCAUAAAUUAAAAGAUGUAGAUUUUACGGAAUUAUAUCCAGAUGGUAUACGUAUACCAACAAAUAUUUAUCAUAAAUUAAAGGCUAUUGUUGCUAAUGAUGCGAAAGCUUUGAAAAAUCUGAAUGUAACAGAUUUUUCAUUAAUACUUGGAAUUAGACAUUUAGAUAUGUCUGAAUCACAAAUGUUGGAACGUCAACAGAUAACAGGAAUUACAGCUCUUCUUCGUGCAACUAACAGUUUGAUAGUAGACCAAAAAGAAAGUCCUGCUGUCGUUGCUUCACCAUCAAAACAUCAGAAUGAUAUAAUAUCUACAGCAAAUUCAUAUUUGAAACCAUUAGAAAUGAUCAACGAAAAAAUCAAUAUGAAUUUAUAUUAUAAUAAUGAUUCCAAUGCUUAUGAAACUUUACCGAUUCCGGGUAUUAUAAAUAAAACUAAUAAACGUGUUUACAUAUAUUUAGCUUUAAUUGAUAUGCUUCAAACAUUUGAUCAUUUUAAACUUAUUGAUCAAGCAUUUCGAAAACUUACUGAUUAUGAUAGACAUCUUGAAUAUUCUGUUAUCGAACCCGAUGAAUACGAACCACGCUUUAAUCAAUUUUUAUUUGAAUAUGUUUUUAUUGAUGCUGGUGAUGAUUUUCCAUGGGCUAUAACUGAUGUUAGUAAAAGUGUGACGGAUAUUAAUCAUGGUACCAUUGAAAAUAAGAAAAUUAAAAAACGAAAAAAGCAUACUAAUCAACAUCUUGAUUUAAUUGAAAAGACACAGUCCAAUCCUGUUCUUGAAUUUCAUUUCUAA